UAUAGGAUGUGUUACUCUGAUCCCAGAUGCUACGCUCAUUUCAGAAGUUUACUGUCACAUGAAAAUCGUAUGCUAUGUCCAACUCCAUACCAAACACAGUGUUAUGAUUGCGUUGCGUCUUCGUAAACAGGCUGCGAAACAUCGUCGUGUGGAAAGUUUUUAUACUUUGCGUUGAUCAUCAGAGCAGAAAAUGUUUCACAUACUUGCCGAAGGUUGGCCAGAGAAUCUCAUGUGUGCUACUGCCUUUAGAGACUCGCACCCUAUAAUAUUGCCGCAAAAGUUUGAAUUUUAGGAAGUUUCAUUUUCCCGUAUGUCGAAAUGUAUGGUUAAAUGUGGUGUUAGUUUCGUGUUCUUUGUGCAUAUGCAGUGCCUGGAGUCCUCUUGGGAGAGAUGCUUUUGUGCAGUUGUUCUGAUAAUGAGAGAUAUCCAUGGAGCUACAAAAUUGUCUGGCUGUUGCUGGAGUGGAAAAUGUGACAACUGCACAGGACCCUGUUGUCAUAUGCUUGCAACCAGAAGGUGAAGUGGAAUGGGCAUUGCCUGUAAUUACAGGUAGUCAACAGUUGGAUCAUGAAGUCGUUGCUCUGGUACAAGAGGACGUUAAUGGCGAAUCUGUUAUGGGUGUCGGGCAGAUCCCAGCAGUUAACUGUGUUGAGGUGAUACCAGAUUUCCUGGGAUCAGUCAUACCCAGCUGCUCAGAGGAAGGGGAAAAGACAGUAUCAACUAAUGCAGUGGCCUUUCAGGAAGAUGAUGGCCAAGUAUUUUACAUUACAUACACUUUGCCCGGCACUGCAGAAGUUGACCUCACAAGUGCUGAGCCUCCUGUGGAGGUUCAAGGAGAAACAGCUAAUGGUGAGAAGACAAAAGCACCACAUUCAGUCCUUCAUGUUGCUGAGGAUGGGAGCACAGUUUUCCUAAAUGUUGGGCAUAUUAUAAAUGAAGCCGAUACUGCACUAGACAGUGUGGGCCAAGUGGAAAUAAGCUCCAACGCUGCAAAUGUUUGUGUCGAGCAAAUGCCAGAAUUAAUAUCUAAGCCCAGUAAGAAAAGAUUUCCAUCUACAAAACUCCAACAUAGUUUUGUUGGGAACAACCUUUGCAUUGAAGAUAAGUUGCAGAUUGUUGAUGCGAUGUUGACUCCAGCCCCAAAGCGAAUCUACAAGAAGAAGGACAAAGAGGAGGCAAGUGCCAAUGUUAAAGAAGUUGACUUGUCCUAUCUGUGCCAGUUUUGUGGUGCUUCUUUCCCAGAGAAGGAAGCAUAUUACAGUCACCUUAAUGAACACACUGAGGAACAAAAGCUGUCUUGUACAAAGUCUUCUGGGAGGCUGGGCCCAGUGACUUCAGGAGGAGACCAACAACGUGAAAUUGGCGGUCAUGUCGUGUUACGGCGGUAUGUUUGCCCUCAAUGCCCCACUGCCUUUAGCCGCCUCUCCCAGCUUGCAAAUCACCAGCAGCAUGCUCACUUUGGAGACAGGCCUCACAAAUGUCAGAUCUGCAAGAAGAGCUUCUACAAACGAUCUGAUCUACGGAGUCAUCUAAACAUUCAUCUUGGCAUAAGCAAAUCCAUCUGUGAAAUCUGUGGCAGAAAGUUCAACCAUGUGUCUAAUCUAAUUAGACAUUCACGGAUACAUACAGGCAUAAAACCAUAUCCAUGUUCAGUCUGUGGUCGAAGAUUUAGCCAGUUAAAUGGAAUGCAUCAGCAUAAAACAAUUCAUCAGGAAAGCAGAGAUAUCAGCUGCAGCUUAUGCCCGAAAACUUUUAAAUCGUACAAUGUUAUGCGUCGACACGUGAGGUACUCCCACGAAGACAAACUCGUCAGCAUGGGCAAAGAUGCAUAUUCAGCUCUGAAGUUGAAGGAUGGCACUCAUGUCAGAAGUUUUUACUGCAAAUUGUGUGGAGCUAGCUUUAAAUAUGCAGCUCUUCUCAAGCACCAUGAAAGUAUCCAUGUGAAGGAGAAAGACUUUCAUUGUAAAUUUUGUAAGAAAGAUUUCCUGUGUGCUGAUGAUGUCAAAACGCAUUACUGUGGAGUGAAUGGUGACAGUACCAGCCCACAAAUACAAUCAAAUGAUGAUGUGGAGCAUGAAGACCAACUUAAUUCAAAUGAGAUAGAUGUGCCAUCUUCUAGAGACAUUAUUAUCUAUGUUACUGAGGAAGGUACAUCAGAUGUGAAACAGGUGCGUAUUAAAGAUACUGGUAUAGAUCAUGAAUAUGCUGAUAUAAUGACUCUUCCCCUGUCAGAGGAUGUUAGCUGUGUCAGGCAUGAUACUAGUUUUGCUGAUGGCGUUGUAAUAGUAUGCAAGUCAGAUGGGGAAGGUGUCCCUUGUGUACGUUUCUUGAUGGAGCCUUCUGAGGCUGAAAAACAGGAACAGAAACAUGAAAAUGGAGUGACCUUGGGAGAGGUUGCAUCUAACACUGAGGAGCAGCAGCAGCAGCAGCAGCAACAACAACAACAACAACAACAACAACUAGAUCCAGAAAUUAUGAUAGUAGAAACUGAAAGGAAGCCAGAAGAAAGGGAAGGGUCAGAGAGUCACGCUACAGAAAUUAGUAUGGUUCAAAGUAGUAAACUGGCAGAGGACAUCAGUGACCUGUUGACACUUGAUUCAUCUGAACAUUCAACUCAAGGGCAAGGGAAGAGCAAGGAUAAAACCAAGAAGAACAGAAAGAAGAAGAAACUGUUCAGUCAGUACUCCCAGAAGGCUGCUAAAAGAAGAGCAAUUAAAGACUGUAUAAAUAUCAAUGACAUGGCAGAAAUUGUAGACGAAGAAGAUAAAAAUGGGAUAAAAACAAAGAGAAAGAUGUACAAAUGUCCAGAGUGCUUCAAAAAAUUUAACAAAAAUAGUAACUUCAAACAACAUUUAGGUGUUCAUUACAUGGAUUUUAUGAAACACUCUUGUCCAUCGUGUGGGCAGUGUUUUGCAUGGAAGUCAACUCUGAAUAAACACAUCCUAAAAAUGCAUAGUGAAACACCACAACCUAAAUCUAGCUGUGAAUUCUGUGGACGAGAGUAUCCAUUUGCUGUACAAGUACAGGAACAUAUAAAAAGGGACCAUUUGAAGCAACGGCCCCAUGUCUGCCCUACAUGCAACAAAACAUUUUACAAGAAGCAUGAUCUGAGUGUCCCAUCGAAGGGAAAAAUGUAA